UAUAGCGUGAAUAUCAUCAGUCGCGUUUUCUGUUUCAAUAAUAGACAGUCAUCAAAGUCAUUAGUUCCAUAGUAUCAAGGAACGCUAAACAAAUUGAAAGCAAUAAGGAAGAGAUUAAGUUAAGAAAAAUAUAAAACAAGUAAAAAGUAAAGGUGAUACAGGUGUAAUAACAUAUAACAACGGUGUGGUUCAGUCAUCUUUCACGGAGCUUACGCAUCAGAGCCUCCUUCAAUCCAUUCUCUGGACAAUGGAAUAGAAGAGAAAAAUAAGUAUAAUUUAUUACGAUUGUCCGUCUUUUAAGUAUUAAACGGCUACUGUCUUGAGUCAUUGAAAUCGAACAAGCUAUUGUUUCCUUCAAGCGCCUUUUAAAGACCGGAAUUAAUACAGGAAGUACUCACGUCAUCUUUGAUUUUCUUUUUUUUGUCGACUUCUUAUUCUAUGAAAUUAAUCAUCCCUCAAGACCAUUAAGGACUUCAUAAUUCAAUCAUCUAUUGGUCUAUACUGUCUAUUGACAGCUCAAUUUGGAAAAUGAAGAAAUCAUUCAUUCACAUGAAUACCAAGUAUUUAUUCAUCAUGACAAUCAUUAUUUAUUCAUUUCUAAGUUCAAUAGAAUGUAAAAGAGCAAAACUAAAACAGUUUGCACUUCAACAAAAAGAGACUAAUGCUCCUAAUUUCAUUAGGCUAGUGGUAAUGAGACUCAUCUUCGGUAUUGCAGCAUCUAUGGGAUAUGGUGAUAGAUUAGCUGGCUUCCUUGGAGGAAUUUUUGUUCCACCAGGAGCUGAAGAUUAUGAUGAUUAUGGAGAUGUUUUUGAUGACUAUGGAUCAGAUAUAUUUUAAAACCAAUUGAAUAUUAUUUUGACUAUAAAAACUUCUCUUGAGCACAGAAUUAAUUUGCCAAAAUUAAAAUUAUAUCAAUAAAUAAUAAUGAAAUUUAAUUGAUUCUAUGUCUCGAAGGAAUUCGCUAGAUAGUUAAAUAAUUAACUUAAAUUAUAUUAUUUAUUUCAUCAAAUAAUUGUUACCAGUAUGUAUAUAAUUAUUGUUUAAUAAUAAACAAUUAAUCUUAAUCCCUAUCUCUCUUGCUUUGAUUAUAACAAAUCGUUAACAGUGACCUGAUACGUUCAAUUUGAUGCCGUUUAAAAUUGAUUUAUGACAUGGAA